GGGGGCGGGAGGAGGAGGGAGGAGGGGGAAGGAGCAGGGCGGGGGGGGGGGCGCAGAGCGUGUGUCACUCGCUCUCUCGCUCGGUGUCUAGAGGAUGUGCUGAAUGGUGAGCCGGGAGGCGGCGGCGGCCGAGGAGCGGUAUACGGAGGCGGCUGGCAGCCCGGGCAGCCCGGCUCGGCGGCUCUUCGCCCUCCGAGACUCCGCAUCCACCGCGGGCGCCCGACCCCGCGUCCCGCCCGGGCAUGGCCCGGCGCCUCGCCCGCGAGCGCCCCGCCUGCUAAGCCACGCCGGAGGAGGUGCGGAGGCCGAGACGCCGGCGAGGGAGCAGACGCGAGAACCUCCGGAGCCGAGAAGGGAGCCCCGCGCCCCGCGCCCCGUCCCUGCCGCGCUCGCCCGGGCCGCCCAGAGCCCCGAUGAGCCCUGAUGGCCGGGGCUCAGCCGGGAGUGCACGCUCUGCAACUCAAGCCCGUGUGCGUGUCCGACAGCCUCAAGAAGGGCACCAAAUUCGUCAAGUGGGAUGAUGACUCCACUAUUGUCACUCCAAUUAUUUUGAGGACUGACCCUCAGGGAUUUUUCUUUUACUGGACCGAUCAAAACAAGGAGACCGAGCUGUUAGAUCUCAGCCUUGUCAAAGAUGCCAGAUGCGGGAAACAUGCCAAGGCUCCCAAGGACCCCAAAUUACGUGAACUUCUGGAUGUGGGGAACAUCGGGCGUCUGGAACAUCGCAUGAUAACGGUGGUGUAUGGGCCUGACUUAGUUAACAUCUCCCAUUUGAACCUCGUUGCUUUCCAAGAAGAUGUGGCCAAGGAAUGGACAAAUGAGGUUUUCAGUUUGGCAACAAACCUGCUGGCCCAGAACAUGUCCAGGGACGCAUUUCUGGAAAAAGCCUAUACUAAACUUAAGCUGCAAGUCACUCCAGAAGGACGCAUUCCUCUCAAAAACAUAUACCGCUUGUUCUCAGCAGACCGGAAGCGAGUGGAAACCGCUUUAGAGGCUUGCAGUCUUCCAUCUUCAAGGAAUGAUUCGAUACCUCAAGAAGAUUUCACUCCAGAAGUGUACAGAGUUUUCCUGAACAACCUUUGUCCUCGACCUGAAAUUGAUAACAUCUUUUCUGAAUUUGGUGCCAAAAGCAAACCAUACCUUACAGUUGAUCAGAUGAUGGAUUUUAUCAAUCUAAAACAGAGAGAUCCCCGGCUAAACGAAAUACUUUACCCACCCUUAAAGCAAGAGCAAGUUCAAGUGCUGAUUGAGAAGUAUGAACCCAACAGCAGCCUCGCCAAAAAAGGACAGAUAUCAGUGGAUGGAUUUAUGCGCUAUCUGAGUGGAGAAGAAAAUGGAGUCGUUUCACCUGAGAAACUGGAUUUGAAUGAAGAUAUGUCUCAGCCCCUUUCUCACUAUUUCAUUAAUUCCUCACACAACACCUACCUCACAGCUGGUCAGCUGGCUGGAAACUCCUCUGUCGAGAUGUAUCGCCAAGUGCUCCUGUCUGGUUGUCGCUGUGUGGAGUUGGACUGCUGGAAGGGACGGACUGCAGAAGAAGAGCCAGUCAUCACCCAUGGCUUCACCAUGACCACAGAAAUAUCCUUCAAGGAAGUGAUUGAAGCCAUUGCUGAGUGUGCUUUUAAGACGUCACCUUUUCCAAUUCUGCUUUCAUUUGAGAACCACGUGGAUUCCCCCAAGCAGCAGGCCAAGAUGGCGGAGUACUGCCGGCUGAUCUUCGGGGACGCCCUUCUCAUGGAGCCGCUGGAAAAGUACCCACUGGAAUCUGGAGUUCCUCUCCCAAGCCCUAUGGAUUUAAUGUACAAAAUUUUGGUGAAAAAUAAGAAGAAAUCACACAAGUCGUCAGAAGGAAGUGGCAAAAAGAAGCUCUCAGAACAAGCCUCCAACACGUACAGUGACUCCUCCAGUGUAUUUGAACCCUCGUCCCCAGGAGCAGGAGAAGCUGAUACGGAGAGUGAUGAUGACGACGAUGAUGAUGACUGUAAAAAGUCUUCCAUGGAUGAGGGGACUGCUGGGAGUGAGGCCAUGGCCACAGAAGAAAUGUCUAAUCUGGUGAACUAUAUUCAGCCGGUCAAGUUUGAGUCAUUCGAAAUUUCAAAAAAAAGAAACAGAAGCUUUGAAAUGUCUUCCUUCGUGGAAACCAAAGGACUUGAGCAACUUACAAAGUCUCCGGUGGAAUUUGUAGAAUAUAACAAAAUGCAGCUUAGCAGGAUAUAUCCAAAAGGAACACGUGUGGAUUCAUCCAACUAUAUGCCUCAGCUCUUCUGGAACGCAGGCUGCCAAAUGGUUGCACUGAAUUUCCAAACAGUGGACCUGGCUAUGCAAAUAAAUAUGGGGAUGUAUGAAUACAACGGGAAGAGUGGCUACAGACUGAAGCCGGAGUUCAUGAGGAGGCCUGACAAGAGCUUUGAUCCAUUCACCGAAGGCAUCGUGGACGGGAUAGUGGCCAACACUUUGUCUGUUAAGAUUAUUUCAGGUCAGUUUCUCUCUGAUAAGAAAGUCGGGACUUACGUGGAAGUGGAUAUGUUUGGUUUGCCUGUGGACACAAGGAGGAAGGCAUUUAAGACCAAGACAUCACAAGGAAAUGCUGUAAAUCCUGUCUGGGAAGAAGAACCCAUUGUGUUCAAAAAGGUGGUUCUUCCUUCUCUGGCCUGUUUGAGGAUAGCAGUUUAUGAAGAAGGAGGCAAAUUUAUUGGCCAUCGGAUUUUGCCAGUACAGGCAAUUCGACCAGGUUACCACUACAUCUGUCUGAGGAAUGAGAGGAACCAGCCUCUGAUGCUGCCAGCUGUCUUUGUCUACAUAGAGGUGAAGGACUAUGUUCCAGAUACAUAUGCAGAUGUGAUUGAAGCUUUGUCAAAUCCAAUCCGAUAUGUGAAUCUGAUGGAGCAGAGAGCUAAGCAACUGGCUGCACUGACACUGGAAGAUGAAGAAGAAGUCAAGAAAGAGGUUGAUCCUGGGGAAGCACCAUCAGAAGCUCCAAGUGAAACCAGGACAACUCCGGCAGAGAACGGGGUGAAUCACACUACAUCCCUGGCACCAAAACCACCUUCCCAGGCUCUCCACAGCCAGCCAGCUCCAGGUUCUGUAAAGGCACCUGCCAAAACAGAAGAUCUUAUUCAGAGUGUUUUAACAGAAGUGGAAGCUCAGACUAUUGAAGAACUAAAGCAGCAGAAGUCAUUUGUAAAACUGCAAAAGAAGCACUACAAAGAAAUGAAAGACCUGGUUAAGAGACACCACAAGAAAACCACUGACCUUAUCAAAGAACACACUACAAAAUAUAAUGAAAUCCAGAAUGACUACUUGAGAAGGAGGGCAGCUUUGGAAAAGACAGCCAAAAAGGAUAGUAAGAAAAAAUCAGAACCCAGCAGCCCUGACCAUGGUUCAUCCACCAUUGAGCAAGACCUCGCUGCCCUGGAUGCCGAAAUGACCCAAAAGCUAAUAGACUUGAAGGACCGACAACAGCAGCAGCUGCUUAACCUUCGACAAGAACAGUAUUACAGUGAAAAAUACCAGAAGCGAGAACACAUUAAACUGCUUAUUCAAAAAUUGACGGAUGUUGCUGAAGAAUGUCAGAAUAAUCAGUUAAAGAAGCUCAAAGAAAUCUGUGAGAAAGAGAAGAAGGAAUUAAAGAAGAAAAUGGAUAAAAAGAGGCAGGAAAAGAUAACAGAAGCUAAAUCCAAAGACAAAAGCCAGAUGGAAGAGGAAAAGACAGAGAUGAUCAGGUCUUACAUCCAGGAGGUGGUGCAGUACAUCAAGAGGUUAGAAGAGGCACAAAGUAAACGGCAAGAAAAACUCCUAGAGAAACACAAAGAGAUACGUCAGCAGAUCCUGGAUGAAAAACCCAAGGGGGACGGUUCCUCCUCAUUCUUGUCGGAAACUUGCCAUGAGGAUCCCUCUGUUUCCCCCAACUUUACUCCCCCCAACCCUCAAGCUCUCAAGUGGUGACCACCGUCCUUCCGGCCAGCUGCAGGUGGAGCUGGAGCAAGAAUACCAAGACAAGUUCAAAAGGCUGCCUCUGGAGAUUUUGGAGUUCGUGCAGGAAGCCAUGAAAGGCAAGAUCAGUGAAGAUAGCAAUCAUAGUUCUGCCCCUCCCCCGCUGGCCCCAGACCCCGGAAAACUGAACCACAAGCCUUCUUCCAGUGAGGAGCUGGGAGGAGAAAACCCAGGAAAAGAGUUUGAUACUCCUCUGUGAUUGUUCCUGCCAGGCCUUCCAAACACGCAUGGCCACCUCGGCUCCACCAGACUCUCUCCUCUCACAAAGAUCACUGCCCAGGAUCAUCUUCCUGAGAAGCAUCCCUUAGAUUAAAAUCUGCACCAGAGGGAGAGUUCCAGAAGGAUCCAUGCAGUUUCCCCAUGUCCAGGCUCCAUAUGUUAUGUGGAAACUAUUGUAGGACCAACAGUGGAGAGUGCAUGUAUGUGGGACUUGGGUUUUCUUUCCAAUAGUAAAUUCAAAGCAGGCAACUUCCAGGCUCCAUGGAACAUUUCAUGAAGGACCGUGUCUUCUUUGAAGAAGAUCAAGCUCAUGUUUUGAUUUGAGGCUCUGGUGUAAAGUAUGUCCCAAGUAAUAGAAAUAGUUUGAGAAAUGCAUAGCACUAUUUAACACUAUUGAACAGCCAACUUUGAGCAUUUUUUUCCCUAACUGCCCCUCAACUGUCAUAUCUUCCAGUUAACAUGCAUAUUAAAUUGUUUCAUCCUUUGCUUUGCAAGCACUGGUGGCUUGCAGUUUGCUAAUUUAUUUAUCAUAGAGGCAUCGGUGUAUUUGCUGUGGACAUGGCUUUAUCGGAUUCUGUAUAAUCUGUAGUGAUUCCAAUCAGCUGGUUUUCUGUCUUGAUUGCAUCCUUAUCCAGUGAAGCCAUUCCCAGACUUGGCAACAUGGCUUGUACAUUUGUCUGCAUGAGUGAGUUGGCCGCACACUUCCAGGCAGUGUGCUAUCUGAGUCAAUUAUUUGGUACUCAGAGUCUGGGUAUUCAUUGGUCAUUGGCCUAAAAUGAUUGAAAAAACUACAAAGAUCUGUUUGAUUGAAUAAGAAUAGUUGAGCUGAUGUCUGUUGAGCAGAGAUUCAAUCAGAGUGAACAGGUUCUAGCAGUUAUUUUGCUCUCUGACUUUUUUAAGGUUCAUUUAUUUUUAAUAUAGAGAUAAAGAUUGAAUAUUUAUCUAGAGAAUACACAAACCCACAUAUAAAUGAUAUAUAUUAUCUCCAUGUAUAUAUAUAUAUGUAUGCACUCAGCCAUGUAAGUACAUACACACACACACACAUUCAAAUGAGUGUGGAUAUGAGUUUCUUAAUUGGCAGUGACCCAACUUUUCCAAAAGACAUAAAACCAAAUUCAACCGUAGAGGAAAAAAAUGGUCAAGCGGUGAUAUUAUGUGAAUAUUAAAUUAUAUUGAAAUUCUAAGAAACCAUUGACUGAAGCCAUUGAUGCAAGCUGAGGUAGAUUGAGAAUUUAGAAUAUGAUUUUGAUGUAUAUUUUGCAAGAUCAAAAACUGGAUUUUAGAUAUCAGAUUUUAAGCUUGUUUUUUAAUGAUCAGAAUAUACAAAAUAUAUAGGACAGCAAGUAUCGUCCAUAAUUUUUAAGUCUGAUAGAGUUCAAUUUAUUUCUAACAUUAAAAAACUUUCAUUAUAUAUUUACUGUGUACAUUUAAUUCACUUAACUGUCUUUUUGUUAAGUUCCUAUGUUAAGUGGCAUAAGAGAAACAAAUUAUAUUAUGUUAAAACUGAUAGAAAACGUUAUUGAAAGGUCUUAAGAAAGAAAAAGUAAUUAUAGAGAGGAAAAUAUAGAGAGUAACACGAAGGACAUUGAAGUUAAAGCCCUGAAGCAAGAUUCUCACAGUUUUAUUUUACUUUAAAAUAAACCUGUCUGAUUGUAGCUUAGCAAAACAUUUUAAAACACAAAAACUAGUUGUGUCCUGAAAAUUGUGUUUUAAGAAUUUAAUAUUUUUAUGAAAAUUAUUCUAUUUAAGCAAUAACUAAGGAUCACAAUUAAGUUUUAAUCAAAAUGGUGUCUUAGUUCAAACAUCAGGAAAGAGUGUUUGAUUAAAAAAAAAAACGCAUCUAGCAAGAGACACAAGGGGAAAAAAAACCCAUCCCCUUUGGAGAUGAUUAUAUUUUGAUCUAAAGGAUUUGGGUGUUAAUUAGACACCUAAUAAAACUUAACUUCCACUGAAUGAGAAAUCUUUUGUAAAUCAUUCUACUUUUGCACUUUGAAGGAAAGGCAUUAAUCAUAAGGAAGCAAGAAUGGUCAAAAUCGAAUGCUGCAUUUUUAUAAACAAAAUUACAGACUGUCUAAAAUUGCUGAAGAAUGAACUAAUAAUAGCAUUAAUAACCAAACACAAUGGUGAUUAUUACAGAACAGUGUAUCACAUUUUAGUCCAGAGAUAGACUAAAGUUGAAUAACCUUGAUGUACACAAAACUGUUUUGGUAGUUGGAUUUCAUUAUCUUAGUGACUGUAGUCAUUUUGCAAUACGUUUGUAUUUGGCCAUUUCCUGUAAUCACAUUUUUAUAUCUCUACAAUGACACUUUUUGCAGUUGUGGGGUAGUGUGUAACACUGUCCAUCUUGCAUCAUUGAAACUACUACAGUGAUACUAUCAUUUAAUAAUAUUAAUACUACUUGAAAUAGACUAAGAUAAAGAAAAGGGGUCUAUAUGAUGUGCAGUUUUGUGCCUUUAUGUAUUUGCCUUGUUCUUUGUUGAAUGUGUGAAAUUCUGUACUGUGGUUUUUCCUAUAAUAGAGAGUAGAGCUGUGUAUUGAAUUAGACUAUGCCCUUCUGAUAUCUUUACACUACUGAGAAUAGCGUGGUGUUGGCCAUGUAAACCAAUUUUCAAAGUUCUAAUGAUAUGCCAUGUGUUUGAGGGUUUUAACAUUUCAUUUUAACAUUUCAGUAUCACCAUACACUAAUGAAUACUCCUGUGAUAGAUAAGCCGUCGUUAAAUAACUCCGAAAGAAAGGGCCAUUGCUUGCGUUACUUUGAAUUUAAUGUUGCUCUUGUGCACUGUAUAAAUAUUGUUUGUGAUGGAUUAGACAUUGUGACUUUUGCCUUUUCAGAAGAAAAAAAAAAGAUAGGACAAAGUAUUUGAAGCUCUUAAAAUGUACAUAUUUUGGUUCUUCUAUCUCAAAUUAUUUAAAAUGCAUAAUUCACAUUUUUUGUAAUAAUUCUAUGCAAUUUUGUGGCAUGAUGUUUCUUCCACUUGUAAUUUUAUGUGCUUUCAUCACAGAUCCAAAGGAAACAAUAAAAAUUUCUUAACACAA